UACUGGACUGUCAAAUAUUUUCACAUUUGCUUUAUUUCUACAUUCGGCGCAAACAGAUCUCAUAUUUUUUCUGAAAAUCAGUCUACAAAUCUUAUUUAUUUUCAUAUCUAAAAGUGCUAAGAAACUCUGUUACUGUUGUGAAAUGUCUGCUCCGCUGGAAAAUCUUGAAACUCAGUUGGAGAUGUUCAUUGAAAAUGUCCGUCAGAUAAGGAUUAUUGUAAGCGAUUUCCAGCCACAGGGCCAAAAUGUGCUGAAUCAAAAAAUUCAAGGCUUAGUUACCGGUCUGCAGGAAAUCGAUAAGCUGAAAAACCAAGUGCAGGACGUAUUUGUUCCCUUCGAAGUAUUCGACUACAUUGACCAGGACAAGAAUCCUCAAUUAUAUACAAAAGAUUGCGUCGAAAAGGCAUUGGCUAAAAAUGAGGAAGUUAAAGGCAAAAUUGAUGCUUACCGCAAAUUUAAGGCCAAUAUGUUAUUGGAGCUAUAUAAAACGUUUCCGAAUGAAAUGAAUAUGUAUCGCGCAUACCGCCCGGAUUCUAUUUAAUUUUAUACGAAGGGAUGCUCCUCGUGCGACUUUAUGAUUUUCGUAUAAGCUAAAAAAGUUUGUGUACAUUUAGAUAUAGUCUUUUAAUAAACCUUAGCAUACAAAUAUUGAAAA